AAGUUAGACAAAGCCGCUUCUUUUUCUCAAUUGCUUUCACGGCAAAUAUCCAUUUCACAUGCAAUGUUGCCAUAACUCUUUUCUUCAAUGACAGCCAUAGUUGCCGUGGGUUUCUUUUUAUUCGCACCUAAACUUUUUGACAACCAAAAGCUGCUGACUGAGUGUAUUGUCUUGUUUUAUUUUCUGGGAUUACGUGGCAUCGUUGGACAUAUUGCACAAUUACUACGAAGAGAUCCCAAUUCGCAGUCCAGCCUGUCUAUCUUAUUUCAAAGGUGAUUUGACAAGACCUCUCAGGCUCUGUGACGGCGGUUUAAACACUGUUUAUGCUUUGCAUCGUACAAAAGACUUGGCUUCAGUGAUGCAUUCGACUCAUUUGAACCGGAAAGUGCGACGUCAGGCAUUUCAGAAUGUGUUAAAAUCGAAGCAAGUGUCGGAAUCUCAGUGGAAAUGUUGUCAGACCGCAUUUGACUCCCAGGAACUGAUUGGACGCCAUGUGAACCGCUGCCAUAACGAUGAAAUCGAUGCAUGGGAGGCGUUACUGUGGAAACAAAGGGCGCAAACCGACGACAAUGCAUCCGUCAACGACACGGAUCCUCUGAAGAAAAGGAGAGCACCAAAGGGUGCAUCGGAUCCCAUUACGCUUCAUUGUGAUUGCGACCUGACGAAUUCCACCGUCAUUUUAUUCUACAGAUACAAGCAAAUCCCGGAUCCUCAAACAUUUGCGCAGGAUCAUCUUGAGUUAUGUGGCCCACUUGGUCUGACAGGCAAAGUGCGAAUAGCUGCAGAAGGGAUCAAUGGUACUUUGGCGGGUCCAAAAGAUGCCAUCGAGACCUACAUCAACUGGGUCUCAACCACUCCAGUGCUUAUCGAUAAACAACUGAAUCAAUGCGACUCAGAUCACCGAUACGAGUUCUUUAAACCGUCUCAAGGAUGCCGGCACGUCUUUGCCGACCUUUCAAUCAAGCUCGUGGACGAGAUUUGUCCUUUGGGUCAAUCCUCGGUGACGCUGGAAGCGAUCAGUGCCCGGGGCAAGUUAAGCCCCGAGGAUUUCCAUCAGCACCUCGAGCAACUCGCAGAUAAAAAAGACGUAUUACUACUGGAUACACGCAACUAUUACGAAAGCCGGAUCGGCCACUUCAAAGGCGCCGUGCUUCCACCCAUACGCAAAUUCAGCCGAUUUCCAGAUUACAUCGACCGAAAUAAACAAGAAUUGGAAGGCAAGACCAUUUUCACUUACUGCACAGGGGGAAUCCGAUGCGAGAAAGCAACGGCAUACAUGCGUCAGGCCUUAUCGCCGGAUACUCAAAUCUUUAUGCUGGAUGGUGGGAUCCACAAUUACUUGGAAUGGUGGCGACAGCGAAAGAGUGACAAUGCUUUGUGGCAAGGGAAGAACUAUGUCUUUGACGCACGCCAAGCGCUGGGUGUGGAUGAAAGUAUUGUUGGGGUCUGCCAGAAAUGCAACAAGGCUUGGGACAAAUAUACCAAAUGUUUUGGCCAGAAUUGCCAUCUCCUCGUCCUGUGUUGCGACGAUUGUUUGGAAUCCACUGGUGGAGCAUUCUGCUGCAACGAAUGUCGAGAAGACAAACGAGGCGAUGAUGGUGUGUGUGAAUGCGAACGUUUACGACGACAAGACGAAAUGAAGCCUUUAGUGACCGCCAAAGAGGGAUAAACUUUCGCAUGUUGUAAAUUUUUAUUCUAGACUGUGUAGAUGAUGUGAUAGAUAAGUUCAAUGAAUAGAAAAACAGGGUCGCAACUAGGGAAAGAGGUGGGGAA